AUGUCGAUCUUGGUAAAUGGCUCACCAUUUAAACCUUUUAAGAUGGAGAGGGGCUUGAGACAAGGUGAUUCACUAUCUCCAUUUCUAUUUGUUCUGGUUGUUGAUGUGCUGCAUAGGAUGGUAGAAAAAGCAGUCAGAAACAAACGUAUUUUGCCGUUGCUGAUUGGAAAGGACAAUAUAGAGUUAUCUCAUCUACAAUUUGCAGAUGACACUAUAUUGUUCUGUCCACCAGAGGAGGAGACCAUCAGAAAUUAUGCCAGGUUGCUAAGGUGCUUUGAGAUGAUGUCAGGGUUAACUAUUAACUUUGCUAAAUCAAGUUUAAUUCCAAUCAAUUGCAAGCAGCAGUGGACUUCCAACAUGUGCAGCUUCUUGAGAUGGUUAUGUUAUUCUACUAGAAAACUCCUCAUGUUCGAUUUCGAUGAAGGAGAUGGUGGUGCUAUCCAUGAUGAUGUGGAUCUACGUGGAAGAUACGGUGGCGGAUACGGUGGAAAUGGUGGAAGUGGGGGAAAAGGUGGAAUAGGUGGACAUGAUGGAAGAAGUGGAAAACAUGGACGUAAUGGAUCUGGUGGUGGACAUGGUGGAAACGGGGGAAUUGGUGGAAGGGGAGGAAGUGGUGGAAACGGCGGUAAUGGUGGUGACGGUGGAGAUGGUGGUCGUGGCGGCAGUGACGAUGACAGAUAUGCAGAAGCACCUAGUAAAGGAGGUGAGAAAGAUAGCAGCGGAGAUGGAGCGAGUGGCGGUGGUUAUGCUGGCAGUGGCUCUGGUGGCGAUGGUAAUCAUGAUGGUGGUGGAGGAGGAGGUAGCGGCCUCCAUUGA